UGCUCCUUGGGGCUGGUGUGAACAGUGUACUAACUAUAAAAUCAAGAUCAAAACUGAUAUUCUUGUGAAAACUUCUCUUUUGGUCUCAGCCACGGGUUGUUCCAGUCUUCAUGUUGCUGUGGGCAACACUACUGGUUCUGGCUCCUACCAGUGGACAAUUUGCAACUGCACCCAAACCUGUGAUCUCCCUUUAUCCUCCAUGGACCCCGGUUUUCCAAGGAGAGACAGUGAAUUUGACUUGCAAUGGAUUUCAUUUCUAUGCACCAGAGAAAACAAAAUGGUACUAUGGGUUCUAUGGGGAAAAAAUGUUGGGAAAGACUUCAGGCAACAUCCUAGACGUUCAUGAAGCUGGGAUGUAUAGGUGCCAGGCUGAAAACUCACCUCUGAGUGACCCUGUGCUCUUGACCUUUUCUACAGCUUCAGUGAUCCUGCAAACUCCACUGUCUGUGUUUGAAGGAGACUCUGUGGUUCUAAGGUGCCAGGCAAAGGCAAAAACCCAAUUAGACAGAGUGAAAAUUUAUAAGAAUGAUAAAUUACUGGCAUCAUUUGAUGAAAACACUGAGUUCAACAUUCAUCGUGCAAGUCUGAGGGACAAUGGUGAAUAUCAAUGUGCUGGAGUUAGGAAAAGUCAUGGCUACCGUGUUUCUUCCAAUAGAGUCAGAAUCCAAGUCCAAGAGCUGUUUCCACGUCCUGAGCUGACAGCCAGCCUCUCUCAGACCAGAGAUGGGAGCCGAAUGACCCUGUCCUGUAAGACCCAGCUCCCUCCACAGAAGUCAAAUAUUGGCCUCCAGUUCUGCUUCUUCAGAAAUAACCAGGCCCUGGAGUCAGGCUGCAGCAACUCCCCGGGACUCCAGAUUUCUGCCAUGUGGAAUGAAUAUUCAGGUUUCUACCAGUGCAAGGCAGGGGCAGGGAUUUCUGGUGUUUGGAAAGACAGCCAGAUAUCCCAAAUUCAUGUGCAGAUCUUUCAGCAACCCACUGCCAAGAUUCCCACACAUGUCAUUUUUAUUUAUUUAGGAGCUGCUACCAAAGUCCAAAUACCCACUGACCCAGCCUCAGUGUCCGUCUUUGAAGGGCAGGAGCUGCUGCUCAUCUGCUUAUUAGACGGGGACCUAAAGUACAUCAAUUUCUCCUGGUAUAAAAAAGGGAAGUGGAAGAAGAAAGAAAAGAUAUCCUCAGAAGCAAAACUCAAGAUCUCAGUAGUGGAUAACAGCCAUGCAGGGGAGUAUUAUUGUAUAGCUGGACACUUUACCAGCAAGCCAGUGACCAUCAAAGUGAAAGACCCAGUGUCCCAGCCAUUGCUCACCCUCAGCCCUGGGAAGGCCCAGAUUCUGGAGGGAGACCAGGUGAAAUUCCAUUGCCAGGUCAGCAGAGGUUCUCCCCAAAUCUUGUACCAGCUUUUUCAUGAAGAUGCAAUCCUUCAGGAGAUGAAAGCCAAUUUAAGGUGGGCCAACUUCAUUAUACGGGCAGCACAGUCCGGAAACUACUACUGUACAGCUAACAACGGCCUGGGCCCCAAGAGCAGUGAGGCCCUGAGGGUCUCUGUCAUAGUCCCAGUGUCCCAGCCAGUCCUCACCCUCCACACCGCUGAAGCCCAGACUGUAGAGGGAGAUGUGGUAACACUUCACUGUGAAGCCCACAAGGGUUCUCUCAGCGUCCUCUACCGUUUUUAUCACGAGGACAUCUUCCUGGAGAACAGCGCAGCCCCUGCUGGAGUUGGAGCCUCCUUCAGCUUCUCUCUGACUGCAGAGCACUCUGGGAACUACUACUGCACAGCAGACGACGGCUUUGGCCCUCGGCGCAGUGAGACCGUGCGCCUCUCUGUCAUUGUUCCAGUGUCCCUCCCAAUCCUCACUCUCAGGGUGCCCAGAUUCCCAGCUGUGGUGGGGGAUGUGAUGGAGCUUCACUGUGAGGCCCCGAGAGGCUCUCCCCCAAUCCUGUACCAGUUUUAUCAUGAGGACAUAAUCUUGGGAAGCAGCCAAGCCCUCUCUGGAGGCGGAGCAUCCUUCCAACUCAAUCUCACUGAAGAACAUUCUGGGAACUACCUCUGUGAGGCCAGCAAUGUUCAAAAGGCCCAGCGCAGUAAUCUGAAGAUACUCAGUGUCAAAGUUCCAGUAUCUCACCCUGUCUUCACCCUCAGGGUCCCCAGGGCCCAGGGUGUGGUGGGGGAUGUGGUGGAGCUUCACUGUGAGGCCCUGAGGGGCUCUCCCCCGAUCCUGUACUGGUUUUAUCAUGAGAAUGUCACCCUGGGGAACAGCUCAGCUCCCUCUGGAGGAGGAGCGUCCUUCAACCUCAGUCUGACCACGGAACAUUCUGGAAACUACUCCUGUGAGGCUGACAAUGGCCUUGAAGCCCAGAGCAGUGAAGUGAAGACACUCAAAGUCACAGUUCCAGUGUCCCGCCCUGUCCUCACUCUCAAGGUCCCCAGGACCCAAGCUGUGGUGGGGGAUGAGAUGGAGCUUCAUUGCGAGGCCCUGAAAGGCUCUCUCCCAAUCCUGUACCGGUUUUAUCACGAGAAUGUCACCCUGAGGAACGACUCAGCUUUCUCUGGAGGAGGAGUGUCCUUCAACCUCUCCCUGACUGCAGAACAUUCUGGAAACUACUCCUGUGAGGCUGACAAUGGCCUGGGGGCCCAGCACAGUGAGGUGGUGACACUUUUUAUCACAGGGCUGGCCAAGAACAGAAGUGGUACUGUAGCUACAGGAGUCACUGGGGCGCUACUCAGCAUGGUAGCCCUUGCUGCUGGAGCACUGCUGUUUUACUUCUGGCUCUCAAGAAAAGCAGGAGAAAAGUCUGCCUCUGAUGUCUCCAGGAGCCCUUCAGAUUCUCACCCCCAAGAAACCAUCUACCACAAUGUACCAGCCUGGAUAGAACUGCAGCCAGUAUACAUCAAUGUAAAUCCUAGAGGAGCAGACACGGUUUACUCAGAAGUACGAAGAAACCAAGAGAAGAAUAAACAAACAGCAGCCUCCACACCCAGGAGCCUCAGGGACAAGGACUCCUCUGUCAUCUACUCCCAGGUGAAGGUGGCCUGCACCCCGGCCUCCAGGGCCCAGCAAUCGGCCACCUCGGCUCCUCACAGAUGAGUUUACAUGACCUCCCAGCUGCUGUCUCAACCUCUGCACCUCAGUGCUCCAACGGGGGACAGGGAGCAUUGAAGUGGAAAGAUUUAAACUCUCCCAGGCCACAUGUAGCAUCCUUUAUGUCAAAUAUUCUGCCAUCGAGCUGACCAGAGCACACAGCCCUCCUGCACUCUCACUCUACAGCCCUACACUAGUGGUACUUUUUAUUUAAUGAUAAAUUAGUCCCAACGCAGGCCCUCUCCUGUCUCCUGGCUUCUUCAGUGGGCUCAGCACCUUGGUGGCACCCACCAUCUCUCUAUGAGAACUGCUUCUCAGGUCUGGCAUGGAGGUACUGCUCUCAGUGGGUGCAUUUCUCAAUUGCCAUCACCUAGGGGCUACUGUGAUCCUCCACCAAACAAGAAGCACACCACCCCACCCCAACAACGGACUCAUGUUGGGCCUCCCUACAGCAAAAUGGUGUUUGAGACUCUUCUACUUGCCUCAGACUCCGGUCAGCAGCUCACACCAGGGUUACUUCUCUCCUGCCCAUCUGCCGACAUCUACUCACCUAAGUAAGUAGGUUUUCCACCCAAGGUCCAAAUCUUUCCCAAGUUGCCAGAAGUAACUAGGCCAGGAGCACCCAGGAUACAGAUGGUAUGUAUUUUGGAAUAUAGGAACUGUUUAAAUAGUGUUUGACUGAACGUACAUAUGAAUGAAUGGGGAAGAAAUUAUGGUUAAUCCAAACUGGCAUCUGAUCCAGCAUGCUCCCUAGAAAGCUUAGGAAGUGUUCUUCUUUCCCCUAAAUGAGAAAUAAAGAGAAGGAGUUGGGGUAGGAGAAGGCUAUUCAGCAAGUUGGAGACCAUCUCAAACUUUGAUGUGUUUCUUCUAGAUUACCUGGAAAUCUUUUGAGAAUGAAAAAUUCUGACUCCACAGGUCUGGGUGGAGCCUGAGAUUCUGCAUUUCUAAUAAGUUUUCAGGUAAUGGAUGCUGCUGGUCCAAGGAACAUCCAGAGAGCCAAAGUCUUUUAGGUCUGGCUCCCUCUGUGUGACUCCAGAGGGGCCAUUUAUGUGGAUCACGCUGUUCCUGAGCCAUCUUUCAGUCAGAGUACCCCUAUCUGUUGGGGCCAAGAGAACUUCUCUGAGGCAUCUUGGAUUUCCUCAGCCACCCUGGACGGAGUAAGGUGAAGGCCAUCAUCUUGGUGUCCCUCACCCCUGGCCUUACAAUCUCACAUGAAAACAGUGAAUGAACACUCCCUCUUCAAAGUAGUUCUCUCCCACCUCUGAGCCAGGAGACACUAUGUUACACUCUAAUGAUGCUCAUCACACCUUCUCUUGAUUUCUGACUCUGGUGAUUUGUAUCAUGGGGUCAUUUCUAAGCUCCACACCUCUGAAAUAAAAUUCUUCCUAGGCCACUCAA